GCAAUUUUGCUGGCUAAGUGGAUCAGUCAACUUGAAAAUGCGAGCGGUGUGCGUCUUGUUUCUAAUUGCUUGCCUUUGCUGGAUACCCAAAGGUCAAGCUGACGAACAGAAGAUUGGCGCUGUGGGUCCGCCAGUGAAACAGAGAAGACUCCGCCAUGUAAGCUCCUUCGCUAAUCCUGGGCAGCCGGGAAGACCUGGCACCGGAAUACCAGGACAACCGGGUCAGGGAAUUCCUGGGCGACCUGGACGGCAAGGAGGAGCAGGUGGAGCAGGAGGAAGUGGAGGAAGAGGAGGAAGAGGAGGAGCAGGUGGGGCAGGCGGCCGAGCAGGAAGAAGGGAAUAUUGGAGGAAUGGUAAUUCAUUGGGCCAAAGGCGACCAGAGCCAAGGUCAAAAUAUUAUUGGUAUUAAAUCACCUUUUCAAAAUAUAUUUUAAAAUAUUUAAAAAAAAUGUUAUAUUAAUAAACUGUCCAUUUUGUAUAAUAAAAUAAAUC